CGGGUAUCACUUGCAGCUGGGAAGGGGAUGCAACUCGCUCGACACUCCCCAAACUUCCGCUCUCCGGUUUGUGAAUCCCUCUAUUCGUCAGUUCCCAACAAUCGUAGCUCCUAGCUGCCGGAUUGAAGGCACAUCUCCUCUUCCUGUCUCUAGAAGGACUAUCGGGGUACAAAAUAGUGCCAAAAUUGGUUGAUUUUGGGCGGAAUUUUGCGGCUGUGGCCGGGCGAUUUCCGGGUUAGUGCCGCUGGGAAUUGUGGGAAGCUAACCCAUAAUAGUCUCGACGUGACGUCUGAAGAUGGCUGACAGGAAGGAGUCGGGCGACUUUUCUCUGGUUCCACCCAGCAUUUAUCCCGAAAACACAGGUAAAGAACUUCCAGUGCAGCUCAACAACCUUAUGACUACUGACAGAGAAGUACCAAGUGACGUGUCUAUGAACCAGCUACCUGGCAUUGUGGAUGAAGUUGAAGCAAAACUAACUUUCCAUGGAGAUGAAGGUGAAGUACCCAAAAUUGCAGUCAACUCCUGGACUUGGCCUGCUAUAGGUGUAAAAGAAGAUUCUCCUUUUGGCAACAUUCACCAUGGAGCAGACACUUUUAGCAGAAUGACAGAUAGCCAUGCAAACUCAAUUGUACCGGAUAACUCUACCAAAUCUUUGGACAUAACAGACAACCAGGAUCUUAACGCUGGAACUUUGGAUCUAAAAGAUUUAUGCUCUAGACUUGUUGCUGGCAGGGAAGAAAGAAAGGAUCUGUGCAGGAAGAGAGGACUUGAUAACAGCACAGAAAAUUUAUUGGAACUAGAACCAAAGAAGAUUAAGCAUGGCAGUCAAACUACAGAAGAUAGUUCCUGUGAAGUUGAGACUCAAGGCAUGGUAGGGCUACAUCAGAGGAUCUUGGUGACAAAGGAAGGUGGACAAGAUCAUGAUGAUACCGGCACUGUUAGCUUUUCUCUAGCCAACGACCAACAAGGUAAUACUCAAAUUCAUAAUGUUAUUGAUGAUGGAUCAGAAUCCAGGAAGGAAGAGUCCAGACCCAAUUCUGAAGAUGGGGAGAACUGCAAUUGUAAAUAUGAAGUAACAAAAACAACUUGUAUUCAAAACAGGCCUAAAGAAGAGACAAGAAUGGAUCUCACAGUAGUAGAGGCAGACAGACAUGUACCUGUAUCUGCCAAUGAGAAAGAAAAUGUGGAUACUGAGGACAGUGGAGAAAUGUCAGACAAGAUCAAUGAGCCAUGCUUACAAGAGGGUGAGGCACCUAACUCAGCUGGACAACUGGCAAAGAUAUCAUGUACAGCAAAAUCAUCAUCAAAUACAACUCAGUAUGAGAGUGGCCUCCAGUUGCCAUGUGGCAUAGGUGAGCAGGCAUAUGGCAUCAAUGUUGGACCUUGUAACUACAGUAGAAUUACUGUAAGGAAAGCUACAACCCAGAUCAAAGAAGGGGAGUGUAAGAUAGUAAAUGGUAUGACAGGCAUAUUUGAUGCUGAUGAAACAUAUGAAGACAAAUCAAUCGCUGUGGUCCCUGUCCAGCCAGAAAGGACAGGUCAUAUUCAGGAUGACAAUGACGGUACCACUGCUGAUGAAGAUGACAUGUUUGUUUCCUGUGAUGAGGAUGUAGAGACCAACAGUGUCAGCAGGGAUCCUCAGCAUCUACUGAUCAGUGAGAAAGAUGUUAAAAGAAGAGAUGAAGAAGUUAAGGAGGGUGACAUUUUGAUUACAAACAACAACAAUUUCCAGGAUUCAGAGUUAAACAUGUCAGAAGACAAGGCUUCAGGAACAGUGCUGAAUAAGGCUAUGAGUAUGACUAAUAAUAUAGCAAAUGCAGAGGACAUUAAUGGGUUAGAGGAGUUCUCAUGUGACAAUGGAACAAAAAGGUCAAUGACAACAACUGAAAGCUAUUUCUUUAAGAUGUUGGUGGGGCAUGGCAGCAGAAACAUUGUUGGAUUUCAAGAGGAAAAGAGAGUAAGUCCUGGAGUUGAAAGUAAAUCCUUGUCUGACCAGGCAAAAUUUCCUGAUGAAUGUUUGUUGAAUACAGACAUGAAAAGGGACUGCUUGACACUCAAUAGUGAUGAGAAGGUAUUUGAUGUAAACAGUUCUUCUGAGAACAUACUCGGAUAUCAUAGACCAUCUCCUUUGUAUGGUAAUUGAAGAAGU